AUGGAGAGACCCAAUCAUUUUGAUCUUCCCCCUCUUAUGCGAGCUCUGGAGUACAAUGAAGCUCGAAAUUUCAGCAUCGUUGAGAAGCGUCUUCCGAUCAUUCGCGAACAAGAUAUCUUGAUCAAAGUCAAGGCCUGUGGAAUUUGUGGUACAGACCUCCAUAUUCACGAUGGCGAAUUUGGAGCUCAGUUUCCCCUUGUCCCUGGCCAUGAAACUGUAGGUGUGGUUGCAGCAUUUGGGAGCGGGGUUGUGGAUUUCAAUGUUGGAGAUCGUGUCGUGGCAGACAACUCUGAGUUGUGUGGACACUGUCAUUACUGCCGCCGAGGCAAGGAGCUCUUCUGCGAGAACUUUAUCGCCCAUGGAGUUAUGGUCGAUGGAGGAUUUGCGGAGUAUGCUACGUACCCUGCAAACCGUGUCUUCAAAUUCAAAAACCUCUCAGAUGUGGAUGCGACAUUGCUGGAGCCCGCAGCCUGUGCAGCCCAUGGACUGGAUAAGAUUGCCCCUCAAAUGGGAUCCAGCGUGCUUUUAUUUGGCGCGGGCCCGACAGGACUUAUCUUGGCCCAGCUCCUUCGUCAAAACGGUGGGUGUCACACUGUAAUUGCUGCACCGGCUGGGUUGAAGAUAGAGCUUGCCAAGUCUCUCAACGCUGCCGAUGAAUUUAUCGAGCUACCCCGCGAUGCAAAUACAGUGGCCGCUAGAAUGGAAGAACUUCGAACAAAACACCCGUAUGGUUUUGACAUUGUCGUUGAAGCUACAGGCAACGCAAAAAUUCUGGAAAAUUCCAUCAACCUCGUGACAAAAGGUGGCAAGUUGGUGGUAUACGGAGUUUAUGGUGACGACAAUCGCGUCUCCAUACCACCGAAUAAAAUCUUUAAAGAGGAAAUAAACGUGAUAGGGUCAUUCAGUCAGACCUAUAAGUUUCCAGCUGCUAUCGACUAUCUUGGUCAGUACCUCCCUGUCAAUAAGACUGAUCCACCAUUAACAAAUAAUGAACCAGCAGAUGGAAAUCGGAUUAAUAUUAGUGGAAUUGUUAACAAGACCUACAAACUGGAGCAAUGGCAGGCUUGCCUCGACGCAUUGGAGAACAGGUCGGUGAUUAAAGCUGCACUUGUGUUCGACUAG